AUGUGGAAGCUCACGCGAUUCUCCGCGUCACGAUUACGGUUGUUCUCGACGGCGAUUCCUGCUGCGUGUAUGGUUCAUAAACGCGGGGCUGAUAUUCUUCAUGAUCCUUGGUUCAACAAGGAUACUGGAUUCCCUUUAACCGAGAGGGAUCGAUUAGGGCUUCGAGGCCUUCUUCCGCCUCGUAUCAUUUCAUUUCAGGAGCAAUAUGAUCGUUUUAUGAGCUCGUAUAGAUCAUUGGAGAAGAAUACCCGUGGCCAAUCGGCUGACAUUGUUUCCUUAUCCAAAUGGAGGAUCUUAAAUAGACUGCAUGACCGGAAUGAAACUCUGUACUUUAGAGCUCUUAUUGACAACAUCAAAGAAUUUGCUCCUAUAAUCUAUACUCCUACAGUUGGGUUAGUGUGUCAAAAUUAUUGCGGGUUAUUUAGACGCCCACGUGGGAUGUAUUUUAGUGCUAAAGAUAAAGGAGAGAUGAUGUCAAUGAUCUAUAACUGGCCAGCUCCUCAGGUAGAUAUGAUUGUCUUGACAGAUGGUAGUCGCAUUCUUGGGUUAGGUGACCUUGGAGUUCAGGGCAUUGGAAUACCUGUAGGAAAACUUGAUAUGUAUGUUGCAGCUGCCGGUAUCAACCCACAAAGAAUACUUCCAAUCAUGCUGGAUGUCGGAACAAACAAUCAAAAGCUACUUGAUGAUCCCCUUUAUUUAGGAGUUCGACAACCUAGGUUGGAAGGUGAAGAGUAUCUUUCGAUUAUGGAUGAAUUCAUGGAAUCUGUUCAUGCACGAUGGCCGAAGGCUAUUGUUCAGUUUGAGGAUUUCCAAAUGAAGUGGGCUUUUGAAACCCUCAAACGAUAUCGCCAAAAGCAUUGCAUGUUUAAUGAUGAUAUACAGGGCACAGCUGGUGUUGCACUUGCUGGAUUACUGGGAACUGUAAGAGCCCAAGGUCGACCAUUGUCUGAUUUUGUGAAACAAAAGAUAGUUAUCGUUGGAGCUGGAAGCGCAGGGCUUGGGGUUCUUAACAUGGCUGUCCAGGCAGUUUCAAGAAUGUCAGGGUGCAGUGAAACCGAAGCAAAAAGCCUUUUUUUUUUACUUGAUAAAGAUGGUCUUAUCACAACAGAAAGGAGUAAUAUAGAUCCAGCUGCAGUUCCAUUUGCUAAAAAUCCAAGAGACCUAGAAGGGCUUGCAGAGGGUGCCAGUAUUAUUGAUGUGGUUAAGAAGGUUAGGCCACAUGCACUGCUUGGAUUGUCUGGGGUUGGUGGUAUUUUUAAUGAGCAGGUUCUUAAGGCAAUGAGAGAAUCUGUUUCAACAAAACCAGCUAUCUUUGCCAUGUCUAAUCCCACUAUGAAUGCUGAGUGCACUGCUAUUGAUGCAUUUAAUCAAGCUGGAGAAAACAUAGUGUUUGCAAGUGGAAGCCCUUUUGAAAAUGUAGAUCUUGGAAAUGGAAGAGUUGGCCAUGUAAAUCAAGCCAACAACAUGUAUCUGUUUCCAGGGAUUGGCUUGGGAUCACUUCUGUCUGGUGCUCGUCUUAUAACAGAUGGAAUGUUGCAGGCGGCAUCUGAAUGCCUUGCUUCAUACAUGACAGAGGAAGACAUCAAAAAAGGAAUCUUGUAUCCAUCCAUUGAUUGUAUACGAAAUGUUACAGCAGAUGUUGGGGCUGCUGUUCUACGUGCCGCCGUUGCUGAAGGGAUAGCUGAAGGACUUGGUGGUGUUAGGUCCAAAGAACUUGAACAUAUGUCAAAAGAGGAUACUUUGGAGUAUGUAAGAGGAAAUAUGUGGUACCCUGAAUAUUGCCCCCUCGUUCAUGAAAAAUGA